CAUAAACAUUUAUACUAACGAUCCCUGGGUUAGUAGUAUCUUCGCAUGCGGCCGCAGGACACAUGUGUCUCCAUUCUCUCUCAUUCUGUAGUCGACUAUUUUACGACUGAAAGGUUGUUAUAGUGUACUGUGUUUGUAAUGGCAAAGUUCAAUAAGGUACAAAAGAAGAGAACUCAAAAUGGUAAGCAUUUCCACCAGGAAAAGACAAAGGCAAGUCAGUUCAAAAAAGUAAAAUUUAAAAGGGGAAAUACUCAAAAUGGGAACCAAACAAAUGCUGAUAUUAAGUCACCGGAUUCCAUGAUUAGAAAAACCCAGGAGGUUCAUUUAAGUGAAACGGAUGCUAGUGAAACUUUAAAUGGUGAUGGUAAAACACAGAACGGAGCAAUUGAGAACCACAGUAAGGAGAAGAAAACCAGUAAAAAAAAAUGCAAGUGGAGGGAAAACUUGAAGAAGAAGAAAAUGAGGGCCAAUGGUAGCAUUCCAGUUACAAACACUACAACGAAAAGGACCCUUGAGGAUGACCAUGAAGCCUCAGGACCCUUGAAGCGGAAGAAGGAGGAUGGAAUUCAGAAUGGCUCCACAGCUGAUAGCAGUGCAAGCAAUCCUAAAGAACCUGUCAAAACGGGCAAACAAUUCUCGUCAAAUUGGAUGCAAUUAAAGAUGAUCUUAGAGAAACAGCACAAGGCAUCCAAUCCACAUGGCAUUUCUAGAGAAAAGAAAGACCAUAACCGAAAGAAAAUGGCUGCUGGGGAUGGUAAGAGAAAAGAGCCAGUACCCAAGGAAAAGCCGGACAUUUGGUUUGACAAUGUGGACCCCUUGUUGCUUGAAAGUGAGAAUGAAAAUAACAAUUCCAUAGACGGAGGUAGAAGCAAGCACAAGGAUGACGGAACUUUGGAGAAUGGCGAUGCAGCUGCACCUGUGAAGAAAACAAAUGAAGAGUUGACUCAAGUUAUUGCCAUGGAUUGUGAAAUGGUUGGGGUAGGGAUGGACGGCAAAGAAUCCAUUCUAGCAAGAGUUUCCAUUGUGAAUCACAGUGGGAAAGUGCUCUAUGAUAAAUAUGUCAAGCCUUUGGAAAAAGUUACUGACUACAGGACACAGAUCUCUGGGAUUCGUCAUUGUGAUUUAGAGAAAGGUGAGGACUUCAAAACCGUUCAGAAAGAAGUGGCAGAUUUGCUCAAAGGAAAAGUCCUAGUAGGUCAUGCUCUGAAAAAUGACCUUAAAGUCCUCUUCUUGUCUCAUCCUCGUACACGUAUCAGGGAUACUUCAAAAUACAAAGGUUUCCGGCGCUUGUUCAAAGGUUCAACUCCUUCCCUGAAAAACUUGACGGAGAAAUUGAUUGGUGUCAAAAUCCAGCAUGGAGAACAUAGCUCGGUUCAGGACGCCCAGGCUGCCAUGCGAUUGUACACAGCUUUCCGCAGAGAGUGGGAGAACAGCAAGAAGCAGUUUAACAAGAAGAAAACUGCUGCUGUUAAAGAUAAAUCAAAGGACAAGGAAUUAGAAGUGGAUGCUGAUGCAGAGUAGACAAACUAGUUUCUGUUAAUAUCAAUUUCCAUUAUAAUUUCAGAAUAAAGUAUAUCCAUAUGUC